AUGAGUAUACUCAGUACUGGAUUGGCUUCAGAUAUGAAGAUUUUGGUCUCUCGCCAACAUAUUCCGUUCACCAGAGAACAGAUUGAAUCCUGCUUCUCGAAUUUCUUGAGACUGAUAGAAAACAAAAGUGAGUUUGGUAAAAGUAAAGGAUUCAUAGGUGGAGACCACACUUUCGUAGAGAGCAACAAGCACCGCUUUCUAUACCAAUCAGUGGACGAAUAUUACGUGUUCGUGAUGACGACGCUGGAAUCGAAUAUAAUAGAAGACCUGGUUCUGCUAAAGACUCUGGUGGAAAUAGUUCAGAACUUGGUGAAACCACAAAUAAAUGAAUCGAACAUACUCGCGAAUAUAUUUGACAUACUGUUCUACAUGGACGAAUUAGUUAGUAAUAACAGAGGAGAAAGCCUGACGUUUGAUCAAAUAAAGGUGUACAUAGAGAUGGACUCGUACGAUGAGAAGAUGUACAAGAUGCUGGAGAAGACGAAGGUGCGCGAGGAGGAAAAGAGAAGAGAAUUGUCGUCGAAAAUGGAAAAGAGAAGACAGCUGGAUCGGCUGUUUGUGGACCCAUCGUAUCAAAUGGCACACUCAAACGCACAGGAGCAGCCGCCAGUGGUACAAGAGCCGAAGAUACAAUUACAAGAUACAAAUCAAAUUCAGGCUCGUAAUCUGUCAGCAAUAAACACAAUAAAGAAGCUGAAGGAGAAGGAGACAGCUAAAGUGGUGAAGGGAGAGGCGCCAGUAGUAGUACAAAUAAUAGAAACCUGUAACGGGAAUUUGCACCUAGACGGAGACGUGGACUCGUUGGAUGUGCAAGGAGAGUUGGUGAUAACAGUAUUUGAAGAACAGGCACAAUCGGCAUCACUACAGUUGUCGCCUAAUGCUGGAAUUAAAAUGAAGUAUCACCCGAUGGUCGACAAGAAAAUGGUAACUAAGUCGAAGAUAGAGUUUCAAAACGGAUUUAAUCUUGGCCAGCAACUGUCAGUAAUGAAGUGGAAGUAUAAAUUAUCAGAGGAUAACUUCCCACUGAGUGUGACGUGUUGGCCGAGCGAAGGAGCGAGUGAGACGGCAGUGGUGGUGGAAAUAACGAACAACUCGGAACUGAACUUCACGGACAUGACAUUCCAGGUGCUGCACUCGCGCUUUGACAACAUCAAGGUCAACUACAACGAGGGAGGGACCUUUGAGACGAACGCGGACUCGCUGAACUGGCUGAUACCGAGUCUCGGAGGCAUGGAGUCGGUCAAGUUGGAGUUCAUAACAACCACGGACCUGAAUAACAUACUGCCGUUCUCACUGGUGGCAACGUCGCCGGAAUCGAUAUCUAAUGUGAAGAGUGCUCUGAAAAAAAUAGUGGUGAGCCCAUUUCACAUCUCGCUAAAACGCAAUCCUGUAUAUCAAUCACUAUCGGAGAAUGAGUAUUAA